AUGAGAGGAGAAAAUAAGAGACGCCACAGUGAUGGUGUAAAAAUGAAAUUCAGUUUCUGCAUCAGCAUGCACCACAGCAUCAUCAUCCUCCAGAGAGGCAGCGAGGAUCCUUUCAUCCCAACUCUUCUCUUUUUUUCCUUUUUUUCAACCCCCUUUUUUUUGCGACUGCAUCAUGGAUCUGCGAGACACUCCGAGUGCACACAGUCCUCAUUGUUACCAAAGACACACUUGCUUUCAAACACGCACAGCCCACGCCUACAAGUUCACAGAUAUUCAGCUAGACUUCAACAAACGGCAAGGCUAAAACAUGACAAGGAGGGGCCUUGA